AUGUCUGCUCCAUACCCCGGCCGCCAAUCUCCCCCUCCGGAGCGCCAAUCUGGUUCCCAGCAGCAGGAUACCCCCGGCUCCGGCAAGACCGACGUUGGCAAACACCCAGCACCUGAGUACUCGCAACAAUCGUCGGAAUACUUCAGGGAUAAUGUCCUGACGAGCAACCCCGAACACCCGCUAGAGAAGAUUGAGGCGGAUAAGUACUUUAAGGGAAAACAACAUUGA